GGCUUGCAUUUCGGACCUCCGAGCGCCCCUUGGAACUUUUUUCUGGAGCCCACUACACCUCAAAACAUCAACCUUGGAACGAUGCGGCAGCGGCAGUUCUCGGGUCCUCAGUUGCCGAAAGCUCUUCGCGACCAGAUUGGAGAUCCGGCGAAUCUGAAGAACGGGCGCGGGCGCAACGGUCCACUUAACCGCAAGGAGAGACGGAAGGCUGAGAGAGAAGAGAAGAAGGGGCACAAGAAGCAAGCUCAGGGCAGAAACGGAUUUCGGCAUAAGCGUACCGAGCCGGAAUCAGAGGACGAGGAAGCGGACGGGUUCAGCGAGGACGACUUUUCCACGCCGGAGCCGGUGCAUACCAGGCCCUCGCAACAGAAGCCGCUGAAGAGUAUUCUAAAGAAAACGAAUGACGAGGACGCUCCAGAAAGAAAGAAGGCACCGUCACCUUCGCCACCUCACCGUAUCUCGAAAGCGGUUAGGGACCGACUUGCUGAAGACGAUGCAGAAAUUGCGGCGCUGGAGAAGAAACUCGGAAUCAAGGGAAAAAAUUCAAAGUCCGGGUUUGAUGAUGGCCUGGACGAGCUUUUCAGAGAUCUAGACGCUUUGGAUAGCCCAGAUGACACAGGUGGUGAUGGACAAGCCAAGCGGAAAAGGGGCGAAGACGAGGAGUGGCUUGCCAGUAAGAGGCGGAAAGCAUUGAACAAACGUGAAGAAAGCUCAGAGGAUGAAGGCUCUGACGAAGGAGGCUUCGAUGAGGCGUCAGAUGAUGAUAGGGGUUCAGGGCUCGAGUCAGACAUGGAGUCAGACAUAGAUGAGGAGAUGGACGAGGAUGACGACUCCUUCAAUGGGUUCGAAUCGGGUGAAGAGGAUGAAAGCGUUGAAGAUGUAGUACCUGAGAAGCCACGCGUACGAGAGAACCCGUACGUCGCCCCUGUCGCAAGCGAUACACCACAACCCGCAAAGUACAUCCCCCCAGCCCUUCGGGCUCCCCCGUCAUCAGAUGCCGAGGCUCUGGCUCGCCUCAGGAGACAGAUUCAAGGUCUCCUUAACAGGCUCUCAGACGCGAAUAUGCUGACGAUCUUGCGCGAUAUCGAACAAGUAUAUCAGAGCAAUGCUCGCGGUUACGUUACUACUACUUUGGUGGAUCUGCUCGUAGGUCAGCUGACCGACGAGACCGUUCUGCUUGAUACGUUCAUUUUACUGCAUUCAGGCUUUAUGGCUGCUAUUUUCAAGGUCAUCGGGACCGAAUUCAGUGCCCAGUUGGUGGAGCGGAUAGUGUCGGAGUUUGACAAAUAUUACCCAACAAACAAGACCGGAACAGGGAAGCAGACGACAAAUCUCAUCUCAGUCGUCUCCGAGCUAUACAUGUUCCAAGUCAUUGGAACCAAUCUUGUGUUCGACUAUAUCAAAUUCUUUCUAGAGGAACUGUCUGAGAUCAACACAGAGCUGCUUUUACGAAUCGUCAAGGUUUCCGGACCCCAGCUGCGGCAGGAUGAUCCCACUUCGCUGAAGGAUAUCGUAUUGCUGCUUCAGAAAUCCGUCGCAAAGGUCGGAGAGAGCAAGCUUCCGGUGCGGACGAAGUUCAUGAUCGAGACGAUCAACAAUCUCAAGAACAAUCGCAUGAAGACAGGAGUGGCGGCUUCCGCCAUAGUCAGCGAGCACAGAACAAGAAUGAAGAAGCAAUUAGGGUCUUUGAAUACGCGCAAUAUCAAGGGCACGGAACCGUUACGGAUAGGUCUGUCGGACAUCAAGAAUACCGAAAAGAAAGGAAAGUGGUGGUUAGUUGGAGCAAGUUGGCGGAAUGACCCUGACGAGAGUGUGCCAUCCCAAAAGGACGAACACCGCGGGGCAAAAACUACCCAAGUCCUCGAUUUGGGAGAGGACGAUGAUGUUGAUCUGCUUCAACUGGCACGCGAACAACGCAUGAACACGGACGUGCGGAGGGCCAUUUUUAUCACCAUCAUGUCAGCUUCUGACUACAAUGACGCACACAUGCGUCUGCUGAGGCUGAAUUUGAAGAAAUCCCAGGAGGCGGAGAUCCCUCGCAUCAUCGUCCAUUGUGCGGGUUGCGAGAAGACCUAUAACCCUUACUAUACUUUCCUUGCGCGGAAGUUCUGCGGAGAUCAUAAACCACGCAAAAGUUUCCAAUUUGCGCUUUGGGAUGUAUUCAAGAGUUUGGGAGAGCAGGGAGCAGAAGGGACUGGAUCGGACGACGAAGAUGAGUCCGGUAAUGUCGACUUAUCCUUGAGAAAGCUGGUCAACCUUGGCAAGCUUUAUGGAACACUGAUUGCCAAUGAUUGCUUGUCCAUUGCUUGCCUCAAGCCGUUGAGCUUCCAGUAUCUGAAGCCCAAAACUCAGACGUUCAUCGAGAUCCUGCUUUUCACAGUCAUAAUGGAGUCACAGAAGGGGGCCAAAGGGAGAAGAGACCAAAAGAAACUGCUGAAUAUCUUUGUCAAUGCGGACACGGCACCAGAGAUGAUUCCUGGUCUGCAGUACUUCCUGAAGAAGGUCGUCCGGAAGACGAAGCUCACUACGGAUAAGGGCGAAAAGGAGACGGUGCAGUGGGCAUGCCAGGAGGUCGCGGAGAUGUUGACAAGACUGAUGUCAACAAUGGCUUUGGAUGAAGACUAGAUACCAUGACGAGCUUGUUUGCCUCAAAUAAUAGAUAAAG